ACACACACACACACACCCUUUGCAGGAUUGAAGGUACAUAAGUGUAAUUGCAGGUGCUUCAUUCACAGAGGAACAACACCAGCAGCAUUUGUGUUCUCUGGUCACCCUCUCAGCAAAAUGUCUCGGGAUUAUUUUGGAUUCUCCUUCAUAAGGAGCAAUGCAAGAACCAGCUCAUCCACUGUGGUUGUAAACAACCCGGCUGAUAUCUCUGUUAUUGUGAUUUACUUUUUGGUUGUCCUGGGUGUCGGAAUAUGGGCCAUGGUACGCACCAACCGAGCCACAGUUGGUGGCUUCUUCCUGGCAGGGAGGAGUAUGGUAUGGUGGCCUAUUGGAGCAUCACUCUUUGCAAGCAACAUUGGCAGUGGCCACUUUGUAGGGAUAGCUGGGACUGCUGCAGCUGGAGGAAUCGCUACAGGAGGAUUUGAAUGGAAUGCUCUUAUAGUGGUCGUCAUCCUGGGAUGGCUCUUUGUGCCAAUCUAUAUCAAAGCUGGGGUAGUCACCAUGCCAGAGUACUUGAUGAAGAGGUUCGGCGGCCAGCGUAUUCGCAUCUACCUGUCUGUGCUCUCCCUCUUCCUGUAUGUUUUCACCAAGAUCUCAGCAGACAUGUUCUCUGGUGCCAUUUUUAUCAACCUGGCUCUUGGGUUGAAUAUCUAUCUAGCUGUUAUCUUGCUACUAUUGAUAACUGCACUGUACACUGUCACAGGUGGAUUGGCAGCAGUGAUCUACACAGACACCUUACAGACCAUCAUCAUGGUUGUGGGAUCGUUCGUCCUCAUGGGCUUUGCUUUCAAUAAGGUGGAAGGCUAUGAAAACUUCCAGAAGCUCUACAUGGAGGCCAUCCCCAAUAUCACAGGAAACGCCAGUGAAAACUGCUACAAGCCCCGGCCAGACUCAUUCCAUAUUUUCAGGAAUGCGGUCACAGGAGACCUGCCAUGGCCAGGCCUUGUGUUUGGACUCACCAUUCAGGCCACUUGGUACUGGUGCACUGAUCAGGUGAUUGUUCAGCGCUGCCUCUCAGCUAAGAAUCUAUCUCACGUUAAGGCAGGCUGUAUCCUAUGCGGCUACCUGAAGCUGCUGCCAAUGUUCCUCAUGGUUUUCCCUGGGAUGAUCAGCAGGAUUCUCUAUACUGAUGUGGUGGCAUGUGUGGACCCAGAUGAAUGUCAAAAACUGUGUGGGGCCAGUGUGGGCUGCACUAAUGUUGCUUAUGCCAAACUGGUGGUGGAUCUCAUGCCCAAUGGUCUGAGAGGUCUUAUGCUGUCAGUGAUGAUGGCAUCUUUGAUGAGCUCACUGACCUCCAUCUUUAACAGUGCCAGCACUCUCUUCACAAUGGACAUCUACACUAAGAUUCGCCGCUCAGCCAAUGAGCGGGAACUCAUGAUUGCUGGCAGAGUGUUUAUCUUGGUUCUGAUUGGUGUGAGCAUAGCCUGGAUCCCCGUGGUGCAGUCGGCCCAGAGUGGUCAGCUCUUUGACUACAUCCAGUCCAUCACCAGCUACCUUACACCACCCAUCGCAGCUUUGUUCGUUUUGGCAAUCUUCUGCAAACGUGUCAAUGAGACUGGGGCCUUUUGGGGCCUUGCAAUAGGACUUGUUAUCGGCCUCUCUAGGAUGAUUGCAGAGUUUGCCUUUGGCACAGGCAGCUGUGUUGCUCCCAGUAACUGUCCCACCAUCAUAUGUGGAGUCCAUUACCUCUACUUCGCCAUCAUCCUGUUUGUUAUCUCCUGUAUCAUCAUCCUGGCAGUCUCUCUCAUGACCAAACCCAUCGAUGACAAGCAUCUAUAUCGACUGUGCUGGAGCCUCAGGAACGAAACAAAGGAGAGGGUGGACAUUGAACAGGAUGAUUGGGUUGAUACCAAAGAAUCCAACAUGGAAAUAGAAGAACCAGAGGAGGAGCCAGGCAUUUGCAAGAAAGCAGUGAUGUGCUUCUGUGGGCUCGAGCAGCAGAAAGGCCCUGAGCUGAGUGCAGAGGAGCAGGCAGCGCUGCAGAAGAAGCUCACAGACACAACAGAGCAACCACUAUGGAGGAACAUUGUCAAUGCCAAUGCCAUUAUCCUCCUGUGUGUGGCCGUUUUCUGUCAUGGUUUCUUUGCUUAAAAGGAACUCAACUGACCCUUAUCGCUCUCAGAUACUGUACUGCUAUAUUUAAAUGAGAUGGUUUUAUAUGAAUGUAUGACCUCAUGAACUUCCACCUAAAGAAGAUCUUGUAAAUCUUGCUGUACUGUAUCAUUAUUACCAUAAUGCUUCUGAUGUCUUACAUGACAUCAAAUGUACUUUUGUAAAGCACAAGCCUGUCUAAAAUAUGUAAUUAUUUCAUAGAGUAGGGAUGUAAAAUAUCUUUCAUUGCUGUUAAUUUUUCAGUAAACCAGUUAACUGAG